CUUUAUCGUCGACAUCCUCAUAUAUGAGCGAUAGCUCAGCUGUCUACUGUUCGUGAGGCCAAGCAUGGACAACUCACAGUUCCGAAGCCUCCUAAAUUCCGGUCAGAAGAGCCAGGCAUCUCCAGAUGGAUCAAACGCAUCCGGGUUCAAGAAGCCUGCGCUCGGCUCUCGCGCAAGAUCAUCAAUUCCCAUGACGCCGCGGGUGCUUGCAGGUUUCAACGCAGCGAAGGACUUUUCAAGACAGGUUGCCGAGCACCAAAGGUCUGCUGACGGCCAGCCACCCGUGAAGAAGUUCAGGUCAAGCGCCGCGCCAAAGGGUACAAAAUUGGGAUCUGGCUAUCAAGAUCGUACUCUUGCACGCAAGAACGAUGACGGGAGUGAAGAGAGUCAGGACGACAAAGAAAAAAGAUUCAAGGCUUUAGAAGAGAUGUUCAAGCUACAACAAAUUGAUCAAGUCACAUUCGACCGUCUCAAAGCCGAGCUUGGCAUCGGUGGGACGCUAGAGAGCACACACAUGGUCAAAGGCCUCGACUGGAAGCUGCUCGAGAGAGCGCGCAAGGGAGAGGAUCUGAAUCAAGCCCCUAGCACUGAGAAAGAUACCAAGUCGGAGGCGCCGGAGGUCGACAUUGAAGACGAAUUGGACCAGGCUCUAGCGAAAGAAAUCGACGUGACAAAGCCUGCACAGAACACAGCAGAUGACCAUGACGACUCAGAAGCUAUCACAGGGGCACAGCCUACGACACGCGACGAGAUUCUGCGGCGUCUGAAGGAGAGUCGAGGCGCGAGACGCGACACACCCUCUGAACCGGCCCCGGCACUGGGAGGCAAAUUUAAGAAACUCGUAUCGGAGAAGAAAUCUAACAAGAAGAAAUUCGUCGAAAGCAUUAACGGAAGGCGGAGAGAAGUUCUUGUCAUCACCAACAAGGACGGGACUACCAAACGUAAAACACGGUGGUUGGACGAUGAGGCGGCGAGAGGGGAAGCCAAUGACGGUCGACCGCUCGGAAUGGAAAUACCAGCAGAAAUACUCGCUCGGCAAAAGGCCAUGGAAGCGGAAGAGGCAGCGGCAGAGGACGAUAACGAUGAUAUCUUCGGCGGCGUUGCAGAAUACGAUCCGCUCGCCGGAAUCAAUGAUGACAGCGACGAGUCAGAAGCUCUUGUCGAGAAGUCCGAGACUACGAAACCAGAAAGCAGUACCGAUACCGGCCAAUCAAGGAACUAUUUCGGACAAAUAACCCAAAGGGACGAAGGUGCAGACGAUCGAGCGAAUCCAAUCAUGAAGGACCCAACACUGCUGGCCGCGCUCAAGCGAGCGGCAGGUCUACGCCGACAAGACGAGGCUGGAAUGGAUGGGGACGAAAGCGCCGAGCCUGAUAAUGUCGACCAGGAAGCAAAGCACAAAAAAUUCCUGGCCCGACUGAAGGAACAAGACCGGGCAGACGCGGCAGAUUUGGAUCUCGGAUUUGGCGAGUCUCGCUUCGGCGACGAAGACGAAGAAGAUGGCGCGAUUUGGGAAGGCGACGAAGGAGGGGAGCAGACGAAGAAGAGUGGACGAAAACGUGGGUCGAAGAAACGCAAGGGCGACAAGGAUAGCGUAGCGGAUGUAAUGAGAGUGUUGGAAGGGCGGAACAAGGAUAAGUAGUGUAGCAUAUUUGAAUUCUAACUGGUGCAAAGAUUACAGAAC